AGUGUCAGACUUCUGUUGUGCCCAAGUGCGCAUGAGCGGAUAAGGUGGUGGAGAGCGAGGUAGCUGGAUGGGAAAAAGGGAGUCGGGCAAUUACAAACAUGAACAAGCUGAAGUCCUCACAGAAGGAUAAAGUACGUCAGUUCAUGAUCUUCACCCAAUCUAAUGAGAAGACUGCAUUGACCUGCCUGUCACAGAAUGACUGGAAAUUAGAUGUUGCCACAGACAACUUUUUUCAGAAUCCAGAGCUCUACUUUUCAAACUUGAAGGGAGCGUUAGACAAGAAAAAGCUUGAGCAACUCUACAAUCGAUACAGAGACCCUCAAGAUGACAACAAGAUUGGAAUAGAUGGGAUCCAGCAGUUCUGCGAUGAUCUCGGCCUGGAUCCGGCCAGUAUAAGUGUGCUCCUAAUUGCCUGGAAAUUCCGGGCGGCAACACAGUGCGAGUUUUCCAAACAGGAGUUCAUGGAUGGAAUGUCAGAACAAGGAUGUGACAGUGUAGAGAAACUAAAGGCUCAACUACCAAAAAUGGAGCAAGAGCUAAAGGACCAAGGGAAAUUUAAAGAUUUUUACCAGUUUACAUUUAACUUUGCAAAGAAUCCUGGCCAGAAAGGUUUGGACUUAGAAAUGGCAAUUGCGUAUUGGAAUUUAGUACUGGCUGGAAGAUUCAAAUUCCUGGACCUUUGGAACAAAUUUUUAGUGGAACAUCAUAAAAGAUCGAUCCCAAAGGACACAUGGAACCUCUUAUUAGACUUCAGCACAAUGAUAACAGAUGACAUGUCCAAUUAUGAUGAGGAAGGAGCAUGGCCGGUUCUUAUCGAUGAUUUUGUGGAGUUUGCGCGGCCCCACAUCGGGACCAAAAGCACGGCUGUCUAGUGCUGCCCAAGUGGGGGACAUCCAUAAUGUUGUUGAAACAAAAACACACAACCAAGAUGGUGAAGAGCACAUGGGACUGCACUGAGCUGAGAUUAUGUUGCCUUUCGAAUCCUCAGGACUUGAGAUGUUUUACACGACAAAGACUAUAUAAAAGGCAUAUCUCCUCAUCGGUCGUCUUGUGGUGUGGGCUUUUAUCUUUAGUAUGGGUCUUUUUGUGUUGACUCUGGACAACUGGAGAGUCACCAUCUUGGACCUUGCUGUUCCUGUCCCAGUGUUUAGUUGAUGUGGUUGAAGUUUGCUCAAAGCAGCUGAAACCCUGAAAGACAAAUACAAUUGUAUCAUAAUCUAAACACAAGGGUUACUGAGGGAAUGUAAUUCUUCAAAUAUUAAAUUGAAUUUUAAUACUUUGUGUGCAUUCCUGCUAUGAUUUGUUUGUUUUAUGAAGCAUUUGUGUGAGAGACGAGUACAAAACAUUGAUUGUAAUAUUUGUUUGUUUUUAGGCAUAAUGCUAUUACAUACACACAAAUGUAUAAGGAAAUAAAUGUUUAAAUUUGGUAUCUCUUUUAUGUUUAAAA